AUGGGCGUUGAAACAGCCUCUUUACAGGAUCGCCUUGAGCGAUGGGCUCAAAGGUUACAAAACUUGACUGUUAGUCCUCUUACUCGGGAUUACCCCGACAACCAGAACCAGGAGCUUCCCAAGAGAGCCAUUGAAGCAUUUGAAACCUUCAAGCUCCCAGAAGACACGGACGGAAAAUUGCAGAAGCUUUCCGGCUCAUCCUCUGGUUUUACCAUUUUUUGGCAGCCUUUGUUGUGCUUGUUGCUCGUCUUACCGGCGAUGAGGACAUUGCCAUCGACUUUCCUUCAAUUGUACGCCAAGGUUCAGAAGGCAUUCGACCAAGGGUCCUCCGACAUUGUUCCUUUGGGUAGUUUACGAUCCUACAUCCAGCAGAAGUCCCAGUCCGAGCGAUCCCCAAUUCUUUUCCGCUUUGCAGCCUACGAUGCACCCGCCGCGUCUCAGGAAUACCCUGCCAAUACAUUCGAGACUACGGACCUAGUCGUGAAUGUUGCGCCUGCAGCAGGCGGGUCAACAUCUCAAGCGGAACUGGGAGCAUACUAUAACCAAAGACUCUUCUCAAGCGCUAGGAUAUCCACUAUAUUGAAGCAGCUGGGAAAGAUCGUUGAAAAUGCGACCAACAACCCAGAAGAGGCAAUUGGCCGCCUUGACUUCAUGACCGAUGAUCAGCGGGCACUUCUGCCAGACCCCACAGCUGACCUGCAUUGGUCCAAGUUCCGGGGUGCAAUUCAUGAUAUCUUUGCUCAGAACGCUGAGAAACACCCAGAAAAGCUGUGUGUGGUCGAAACCAAGUCCGAUCGUUCUCCCCACCGCGAAUUCACAUACAGGCAAAUCAACGAGGCCUCCAACAUUCUGGCACAUCACUUGGUCCAAUCAGGCAUUGAGAGAGGCGAAGUCGUCAUGGUGUACGCUUACCGUGGUGUCGAUCUUGUGGUGGCGGUUAUGGGUAUCCUUAAAGCCGGUGCAACUUUCUCCGUCAUCGACCCCGCGUAUCCACCAGAGAGACAGUGCAUCUACCUUGAUGUCGCUCGUCCUCGGGCACUCAUAAAUAUUGAGAAGGCCACUAAGGACGCUGGCGAGCUUUCCGACAAAGUUCGCUCCUUCAUCAAUGAAAACCUUGAGCUUCGCACAGAAGUCCCUGCGCUCGCACUUCGCGACGACGGUUCGCUCAUUGGAGGAUCAAUCAAUGGCCAAGAUGUUCUAACCAACCAGGUACCUUUGGGAUCUAAGCCUGUCGGUGUGGUGGUUGGUCCAGACUCGAUCCCUACUUUGUCCUUCACCUCUGGAUCUGAGGGAAGGCCUAAGGGUGUGAGAGGACGUCAUUUCUCCUUGGCAUACUAUUUCGACUGGAUGUCCGAAACGUUCAAGCUGACCCCCAAUGACCGUUUCACGAUGCUCAGCGGUAUUGCCCAUGACCCCAUUCAGAGAGACAUCUUUACUCCUCUUUUCCUGGGAGCACAGUUGUUAGUACCGGCACGUGAAGACAUCCAGAAUGAGCGGCUUGCGGAGUGGAUGCGGGAAUACGGUGCUAGUGUAACCCAUCUUACACCCGCCAUGGGUCAGAUUCUGGUCGGUGGUGCUUCCGCACAGUUCCCAGCUCUUCACCACGCUUUCUUCGUCGGUGAUAUCUUGAUCAAGAGAGAUUGCCGAUCUCUGCAAGGACUGGCCCCGAAUGUCAACAUUGUAAACAUGUAUGGUACAACCGAAACCCAGCGUGCGGUUAGUUAUUAUGAAAUUCCUAGCUACUCCAGCAACGAAGGGUUCCUGGACACUAUGAAGGAUGUAAUUCCAGCCGGUCGGGGAAUGGUUGAUGUGCAGAUGCUGGUUGUCAACCGCUUUGACCCAAGCCGUAUUUGCGCCAUCGGAGAAGUGGGCGAAAUCUAUGUUCGCGCUGCUGGUUUGGCAGAAGGCUACUUGGGCUCCCCCGAGUUGAACGAGAAGAAGUUCCUCAAGAACUGGUUUGUUGAUCCUCAAUCUUGGGCUCAGAAGGAUCAAGCCCAAGCGCAAGGUGGCAAUGAGCCAUGGAGGCAAUUCUAUGUUGGACCAAGAGACCGCCUGUACCGCAGUGGAGACCUUGGUAGAUACACUCCUUCCGGUGAUGUUGAAUGUUCCGGCCGCGCGGAUGACCAAGUGAAGAUUCGUGGUUUCCGUAUCGAGCUUGGUGAGAUUGAUACGCAUCUCUCACGCCACCCAUUGGUGAGAGAGAAUGUUACUUUGGUGAGGCGAGACAAGUUCGAGGAGCCAACUCUGGUCAGUUACUUUGUGCCGGAUAUGAGCAAGUGGGCUUCGUGGCUGCAAGAAAAGGGCCUUGAAGACGACACCUCCGCUGAAGGAAUGGUUGUGCUCAUCCCGCUCAAGCGGAUGCCUCUUAACCCUAAUGGAAAGAUCGAUAAGCCUGCAUUGCCGUUCCCAGAUACUGCGGAGCUCAGUGCUGCUGCACCUCAACGCAAGUCGUCUGUCCUGGAGGCCCUGUCCGAGACAGAGCAAGCUUUGGCUCAGAUUUGGGCACAGCGCAUUCCAAAUGUCACCUCUUCCAUGGUUGGCCCUGACGAUUCAUUCUUUGACCUUGGAGGACACAGUAUUCUGGCACAGCAGAUGUUCUUUGAUCUUCGGCGUAAGUGGCGUGGCGUUGACAUUAGCAUGAACGCAAUCUUCCGCAGCCCCACCCUUAGAGGGUUCGCUGCCGAGAUCGACCGCUUGUUGAAUUUUGAAUCAUUCGCCGCCAGUGACAAUAAGACAGGUGCCGAAGACCAAGAUACCUCCAGUGCACCUGAUGACGAAUACUCCAAGGACGCUCGGAAGCUGGUAGACGUUCUGCCGAAGGCAUUCCCUGAGAGGACAGAGCCUAUUCUCUCUGGAGAACCGACCAUCUUCCUUACGGGCGGUACUGGAUUCCUGGGCGCGCAUAUUCUUCGCGACCUCCUCACCCGUAAGACACCCACGGCAAAGGUGGUGGCUUUGGUUCGAGGAAAGACCGAGCAGCAAGCACUGGAGCGUAUCCGGUCCACCUGUCGAGCAUACGGUUUCUGGGAUGAGGCGUGGACCAGCCGGCUGCAGUGUGUCUGCGGUAACUUAGGAGACCCUCAAUUCGGCCUCUCUCAAGCGCUGUGGGAUGAUCUUACGAACCGUGUCGACGCGGUGAUCCACAACGGAGCCCUUGUCCACUGGGUGUAUCCUUAUUCUACUCUCAAGCCUGCCAACGUUAUGGGUACUAUCGACGCCCUGAAGCUUUGCGCCACUGGAAAGCCUAAACAGUUCUCCUUUGUAAGCUCUACCAGCGUGCUUGACAGUGAUCACUAUGUCGAAGAGUCUGAACGUAUUGUUGCGGCCGGAGGAGCUGGUAUCAGCGAGGAGGAUGAUCUGGAGGGUAGCAGCGUAGGCCUUGGAACCGGUUACGGCCAGAGCAAAUGGGCAGGAGAGUACCUUGUCCGAGAGGCGGGUAAGAGAGGCUUAAAGGGAACCAUUAUCCGUCCUGGAUACGUGCUCGGUGACUCUCAGACCGGAACCACGAACACCGAUGACUUCCUUAUCCGUAUGAUCAAGGGAUGUAUUCAACUUUCUGCUCGCCCCAACAUCAACAACACGGUCAAUAUGGUUCCCGUCGAUCAUGUUGCCCGCGUUGUCAUCGCUGGUGCCCUCCAGCCUCCAUGCACGCCCAUUGGUGUCGCGCAGGUGACUGGCCACCCCCGUCUUCGAUUCAACCAAUUCCUGGGAGCACUGCAGCUGUACGGCUACAACGUGCCCCAGGUCGACUACGUCCCGUGGGCACAGUCGCUUGAGCAAUAUGUCAACGACGGACAGCACGACGACCCAGCGUCCCAGCAUGCACUUAUGCCCCUCUAUCACUUUGUGACCGCUGAUCUCCCAUCCAAUACCAAGGCCCCUGAACUCGACGAUGUUCAUGCCGCUGCCUCCCUUCGUGCAGAUGCCGCCUGGUCCGGCGUCGAUGCCUCCGCUGGGGCCGGCGUGACCGAGGAGUUGGUCGGUCUGUACGCGGCCUACCUAGUUACGAUCGGGUUCUUGCCUUCGCCGCCUGCGUCCUCGACCGCUCGGCCGUUACCCACGGUCCAACUCAGCGACGACCAGAAGCAGGCCUUGGCCAAUGUUGGUGGCCGUGGAGGCAGCUCAUGAUUCUAUUGAGACGUAGCGCCUUUUUCUGUUUCAACGAUGCAUGUUUUCGUU